UUGGUAGAAAGUAACCAAGGCGCAUAUCCAUAUCGGUGAAUAUCUUCUUUCGUUGAGCGAGUGGUCGCACGCGCUCUAUCCGUGUAUGCCAUAGAAAACACAAAACACAAAUACCACAUCCAUAUUAUAUGGCAGCGUAAACAGUGCGACAGAAGAAAGAGCCAUGAAUCAAAGUGAAACGCCAAAUACCCAUACAUGUUGUGGCCGCGCGCAAUACACGCUCAACUCGGUAUCAGUAUCAGCAGCAGCAGCAGCAGCAGUAGCAGCCGUACUACGAUAUGACUGACAGAGAACGUCGACUGACGAAUCGCGCGAAUGAGACAAACGUAACGGGGCUAACGAUAACGACAGGCUAAAAUGUAAAUACACACAGGCAUGUAUCAAAGUGCACACAACACACUGUCGAAGAAAACACACGGGCAGAAAAAAAAGUAGGAGUCAGUCAGUGCGAAACGAUAAGUAGCAUACACUGAAACAUCAACAAAAAUCAACAAAUAGCUCUACAUGUACGUCAUGUGUGUAUAUCAAUAUUCCUUUGAGCGCGUUCGAAGCGAAUACACAGUACACAUUUCACAUUCAUUUCGAUACAGUACCUUUUUUUUCUCUCUCGAUGAUAUUCUUGUGUAAAAACCGAUAAAUAAAACUAUAUAGAUAAAAGGAAAUAAAACAAAUCGUUGGAAGUCAAAACGAAGAAGAAUAAAAAUGGCAGUCAUGUGCUCGGGUUUAUCAUAAAAUAAAAAAUAAAAAAUAAAAAAACGAAACAGUUUUGUGUGCUGGAAACAUUUUUAUUUAAAAUGAUAAACGAAUCCAACAUCCACAGUCAGUUCAAUGUGAGGAAAAGUGUACGAAAAUCAAUCGGAUUUUUUUGCCCCUCGGGGAAAUCCAAGCGCAACGUGAAGGGAACUUGUGUACUUAAACAUAGAGUCAUCGCGAUACAUUGCUUAGAAUCAGUCAGCCGAUCAAAUUCAUAAAAGAAAUUAGCCAAAUUCGUUGAAGAGAGAAAAACAAAAAAAAAUAAAUUAAGCAGAGCGGAAACCGUGUCCUACUGAGUGGAGUGUGUGUGAAAUAAAGAAAAUUUAAACGGUUUUUAAUUGUUGUGCAUUGCCUGAAACGACCCACACACACACAUAAAUUCAAUUAUCAAAUUGAGAUCGGCCAUCCAGCAGAAACCGUGAAAAGGAGCAAAAGGAAGCGGGUUGUGCAUUUCUCCCACUCUCUCUCCCUCCCACACUAUCCAAAGAAACGCAGCAGAAGCAGAAAAAGAGAAUCGUAGUUUUUAAUUCCAGAAUAAAAUGGAUACAGAAUACGUGCCAUUUCUCCUAGUCACAGCUAAUGUGGGGAGUGUUUUUGAAGAUCCGUCUCGAUUGCUAGUGUCAUGGAUAUCGGAAUUUCUAGCCAAAAUCUCGCUACUAAAGCCGCAAUUUGUUGCGCUACACUUGCAAGAAGUUGGCGGCAAAACGUACGAAAAAUCCAUGGAAUACGUGCAGGAAUUCAUCCGACUGCUAUGCGAAUCGCCUGAACUGGAGAAUUUCAACCGAAUUCGAGUAUAUUUAGAUGAAGAUUACACCUCCGCUGAACAUUUCACGGCAUUGGGCAAUUUAUACUUUAUUGAAAAGUCACUAAGCACGGUAAAAAUAUGGAAUUUUCUGACGCACGAAUGGGAAGCCGUCGAGGGGAAAAGCGUGCACACGGGCAACAUAGAGGCUGUAGCAACCAAAGAAAAGGCCAAAUUUCCGCAACACUUUUUCCCAGAAUGUAAAUGGUCACGAAAGGGUUUCCUUCGAACGCGCUGGGAAAUCAACGGUACUGUAUUCGAUAUGAUCAACAUUCAUUUAUUCCAUGAUGCAUCCAAUUUGGCUGCCAGCGAAGAAACACCGUCAGUCUAUUGUAAAAGCAGGCGUCGAGCUUUGGUCUACACACUGGAGCGGUUUCACAAAGAUGUCUUAAACGGGGUGGCACCAUAUUUCGUAUUCGGCGAUUUCAACUUUCGCUGUGAUACAGAAGGUGUAGUCAAGAAACUAGCCGAAGACUUAACAAUUCACAGAAUAUUAAAUGUGAAAAAUGACCAUUACAAGGUUCAAUAUCGUGAUGGCGAUGCACAAAAUGUGCUGACCAUUGGAAAAAAGGAAUUCCAUCACGUGGAACAUCAGACCAAAUUCAAAGAAUCAUGGUUGCAGCAAUUCGACUUUGAACUGCAGCCAUUGAAAGAAGUACUUGUCGAAUAUCCAAUAACAUUCCCACCUUCAUAUCCGUACGAAGAAGAUCCAGUAUUGCCACAAGAUUAUAUGCUCACCCGAUGUCCAGCUUGGUGUGAUCGCAUUCUGAUGAGUCCAGCCGCCAAAAAUCUUAUCAAUGAUAACAAUUUCUCGUCAUUGCACUACAAUACAAUCGGCAAUAAUGUGUGCAUGGGUGAUCACAAGCCUGUCUUCUUAAGUAUCAACUUAAAAACAUUUCAAGGAAAGAGCCUUCAACGAGAUGAUUUGUUGAUAUCACCCGAGCUGCAGGAAAUCGUUGAUAUGAUCUUCGGUAAUGAGGAUGGUGCAAAUUCGAAUGCGAAUGCGCAUAGCGACGAGGAGGAUGCGACAGCGGCGACGACGGCGGCAGCUAAUGAGGGAUCCGGCAUCGUUGCAAAUAGUAAAUUCAUUCAGUUGAGUAGCAUUAAACAAGACGUCGAAUCAACCAGCGCAGACUGUUAUUAUCCGAAUAAUGGCAACUCGGUUGUUUUUCGCGAAACCACCGUUUGAAAAUAGAUGAAUUAAUUUUUUGUUUUGUUUUGUUUUGUUUUCCGUUGUCGUUGUCGUCGUCAUCGUCGUCGUCGUCACAAAAUAUAGAGACCUUGAACAUGAAAUAAAAAUAGAACACCACACAUAGAAAGAAAAGAAAAUCGCGUUGCAAUCCGAAAAAUAUAAAUAAAUAAUAGGAGUUCAAAAGCCCCCGUAGCAAAGAUUGAUAUAGCAAAAAUUUACACUAUAUAUUGUUGCUUUGAAAACACCACACUUUGUUUUACUUCAGAAGGAACAAACAGUUGUUGUAUUCAAAGUUUUAUGUUGUGAGUUAAUUAUUAAAAAGGGAAAAAUGGAAGAAAAAAAAAUAUUUGUAGUAAUGCACAUUACAAAACACACACCCACAUUGAUUUCCCAAUGAAAAAAAUAAUAGUUCUUCCUUUGAUUUGUGCAGUGUUGAAAAAAAAAAUAGAAGCUGUUAAAUUAUAGACACCAAAUAGACUCUGAAGAAAAGCGAAAUAAUUGUGUAGAUGAGAGACUAAUGGGCUCACACAUGUGUGAACGAAUUUGAAAGAAAAACUGAACCAACCAAUUUUUUUUAGCAUUUUAUUGUUGUAAGGUGUAGCAAAUUUGGGUUUUGAUGUAUUUUUUGACUAAUAUGCAAUCAACAUUUCGAUGAUUUCUCUCUCACACACACAUACACCCUCCCCCUCCCCCACACACAUGCGUGAUUCCAAUUCCAGAAGAAUGAUUUUUAUUUUAGAAUUUUGGUUUUAAUGUGCAAAAAUAAAAUCGUCCGUCCGAUUUUGUUGCGUGAAACAAAAAAAAAUGUUCAUUUGGCUCAUCCAUUUGACCGUUUUCCUUCGUUCGGUUCAACAUUCGUUUACAUUUAAGAUUUCACGAUAAUUUGAACAAAAAAAAUGCAUACAAUUUUCUUUUGGAUAUAUGUAUUGCAUCACGAUGGUUAUAUUUUAUCAAAAUAGAUGUGACUCAAGAAUUGAAAUCAACAAAUGAAUUAAAAUAUUACGCGCACGCACAACAUGAAAAUCAAGUGAACAAAAAAAAAACUGAAGUAUUAUUUUUAGUUAUUUGAAUUGAAAAAAAAAUCCAAAAAAGAAAACAACAACAACAAACAACAAGUGAAAUAAUGUUAACACAGAUAAACUUAAACGCCAUUCUUUUGAUCUCAUUUACAUGGAUGUUUAUAAAAAAAAGAAGAUAAAUUUUUUAUUUUACGCGUUAUCACGAAUAUUAUGAUAGUUGCAAACAGAUCGUAUAUUAUAAUACAUCAAUAUGUACUUGUUUCAAUCAUUUUUGAUUCAUGUGAUUCCAUUAUUUCUUACUCCAAGUCAGUUUACAUUGUUCGUGAAUUUACCUUUUUUAUGGAUUUUUACAUUGUCGAAUCGAAUUUAUUUCACACUCAAAAAAUGAAGACACGAAAAAAACAGCAGCAUAAACAAAGGGUAUUUGCUAUUUACUAAAAGAAAAUGAUAUUGAUGGACUGAAUUUAAAAGUUUACGCAGAAUUUGAUCCAUAGUUUCGGAAAUGAAUUUGCUCAAGCAUCUAUGAUAUGUUGGCGACGCUAUUACAGCUUAAGCAAAUAUUUCGUAGUCAAAAUGAAUUGUAGCGGAUAUGUGCCAGCCAAUGAAAAUCCAUAACAAUAAUAUGUAAUGAAAAAGAGCUUACCAAUGAACAAAAAAAAAACAAAUAAACAAAUAAACAACCAGUGAGAAGCAUAAAUCAAAGAAUAACACAAAGUUCUUUGAUAUUGCUAAGUAUUAUACAUAUACAUAUACAUAUAUUAAAACCAAUAGCAAUAGUAGUCAGUUACAAUGAUUCCAUAUUCCAAGUGUUUUCGUGUCCGACAAAUACUAUUUUAAAUGAAUUUAGAACAUCACUGAAUGGGUAUUAGAUUAAUGAACAUUAUAUUUGUGCCAUAAUCUACAAUUAAUAUUUAUUUAUCAUUUAACCAAUGAUGGAAAUUUAUUCAAUAAAUAUUUAUGAGAGAAA